CUUAGCCUGUGCUUGUUAGUAGAUGUUCGUCUAACUCCUUUCCUUUGCCUCAAGAGUCAUUCUGUGUCACCUCUGACGUCAGUGAUCGACGUCUCAGCCUUAACCACACCGCUGUUGUGGGGCAGGCUCGUGUGUUGCAGGAGGAUCGUCUACAUUGGAGAUUCGAAACGUGGGACGACUGUUGAGCGUGCACAAGCCUCACAUUAUCAAGCUGAUGAUGACAUUAAGAUAAUCUUGCUGGUUCGUAAACGAGCUCGUCGCUUCUCCCAGAAAGUGUUCAAUACGCUGCAGCGCAUCUCAGCGCCGGCGUGGCACUUGCACAGCGUCUCCCACAUCCACGACCAUCUUAUCUAUACCUUGGGUCCUGCCAUCCGUUCCUGUACACGCCUGCCGGCCUACGAUGACUAUCAUCGACGUCCUCGCAGCCCUUGAGAAAGGCGCAUACCCGACCAAUGAGCAGCUCCUUGCCAUUAUCAAUCACCUUCUGUCCUCCACCCUGCUUUCCACGGAUCCUUCGGCCGCCCACGCCGCUGCUGCUGCUAAGGCGCCCGAGGCCAGCCCAGUGCUCGACCGUCGCAAGCUUUCGCCCGAGACCCUUGACUUGCUUGACGAGUUUUCUGGCCUGUUGAAAGCCAUUGCACUUCUCAUCAAAGAACGCAACCCUCAUGAGGCGGUUCAGGAAGCGCUCUGGCGCAGCAGAGGCGCCGCCAAGGCUUCGGACUCAGGCCUGAUGAAGAUCCAGGAUGACAAGGGCAAGAAAGCUGUACAAGGAUUGAUCGAAUCCACCAGGGAAGAGAAGAAGGCCAAGAUCGAUGUGAAGCAAGCAAGGAAAGCGGUCAGAAAGGCCCAAAAGCAAGCAGGUGGGCCUGUAAAGGAGCUCAACGAUGUUAACGCCAAUAGCACACACGCAUCGGUGCAUCUCCGCACUGUUUUGCGACUCAUCCUCGUGCAGCCCACAUUCCGCCAUGUUGUCUCAGACGUAUUCUUCUACCUCGAAGCGACAUUGGAGGGUACGGCCAGAGCAACCUUUGAAAUUGCCCAGGAAGAUCUUGGCCAAGUGAGCAGUGCGCUUGGCAAAAAAGAUGGAAUCGACAGUGGCGUUCUGCAACACGCAAUCGAAAGAGGCGAAGCAGCGCCUCUUGACGAGGCGCGUCUUGUCCAGCAGGCAUUUAAAGAGAAGCGGAGUUAUACUGAAGACACGCUGCGGCUCGAGCGUAUAGUGCCUCAGCAAGAUGGCGGCAUUCAAGUUGGCCCUGUAGACCCGGAACAGGCGGCGAAGAAGGCGCAGAAAGCGCAAAUGACCGCAACAGAGAAGGCAGCUGAACAGCUCGCAAUGGCCCAGCAGUCCCUCACGAGCGCCAAAGAAGAGACUCGGCAUCUUCACUCUCCGGCAAAAUGCGCUGUGGAUCAGAUUCAGAGUAGCAAAAAUGAGGUUUUCGCUGAGGUCAACGGCCAGGCUCUGGAGGCUGAAGAGAAUGCCGGAGGCAUAAACGAGCGUGCACAUCUUAACAUCCAGAAUGGUUCCCUUCCGCCUGACCUUUUUGAUGCUGUACAGCUUGCCACGGUCUCUGGGAUCAGAGUUGGGCAGGACACCUUGGGGAAGCGCGGCGAAAUGCUGAAAUUGGCCAAUACUGGCAAAGAUGAGUUCGUAAAGAAUGCAAAGGAGAACUGGACUCCUGAAAGGAGGAAGCGCCUCUUCACCCGUUUUAGAAAGCUGUUCGCCGAUCUUCAAGCUCAACCUGAUUACCGCGAAUCGAUCAUUUUCUUCAUCGAGUUCAUUGAAAAACUAGUGCCUGUGCCCGCAGAAGCGGCAACAGCAUCAUCCAUGGAGACUAAGACCGAGCUUGUCAAGCGAAAGCUUGACGCCGCGCUGGGGGAAAAUAACAAGCCCAUUCUUGAAUUUCUGGACAAUUUCGCUGAGGGACAAUCUCUACUUGCGGUGCUUCAGAACACAUACGAACUGGCGGCUGACACGAUUGAUGACAGCAAAUCGCAGAAUGCUGCCGGUCGUACAGCCCAGUCUUUCUGGCGUAUGGUCAACGAGUACAUGCGCGAUUUGCUGCUCAAAGAAGGGUAUGCGCUCUCGUCCCAAGCAGAGAUCGAUGGCAAAGCCAUCAAAAAGCAUUUCGACGAGUUGAGCCAAGAGUACAAGCGAAAUGUGGUCAUCGUGAUCUCAGGUGUGGCCAAAUUCGCGCAUGCCAUCCAGCAAGACAAGUGCUUGAAAGCAAUCUCAAUGCAUGCCACGAAGUUUGCGAAGCAACUGGUCAUCGGCAAGCAGGGGAGCGGCCUGCCCAGCAAGGCGAUCUGGAAUGACAUGCGGCGAGUCAUCCUGCCAUUUGUCUUUCACCGGGUCGGCGCGGUGCCCAUUCCGCGUGUUCGCUACUUGCAUCCUGAUUUCGACGUCGCUGUCGAGAACGUUGCCUUGCAACUCAAGCAGCUUUUGCCAGACACCUUUGACCUCAAUAUCAAGAACGACUUCCAUGUCGAUUUCCGAAAGAUCAAGGAGAGCUCCCAUGCGCACCAGCUGAAAAUCAAGAUCAAAGGGAUGGGCAUCAGGGUACACAAGCUUGACUUCGCGUUCCAGUGGAAGAAAGGAAUCAGGUUCUUGGACAAAGGUAUUGGUGACCUGAACAUCGAUGGCUUUGGGCUAAGUAUGUAUAUUGAUGUCCCCAAUGACAGGUCCAAACAUUUCUUCGUGGUCAAGAAGGUCAAGACUAAAUUGAAUACACUCAGCCUCAAGGUCCACCAGACAAAUCACCGCGUCCUGCACGCAUUCACGAACAGCCUUGUGAAUAACUACUUGACGAAUGCGUUCUUUCAUCUCUUAUGGUAUCACACUUGGACUUAAAGAGUUGGAUCUUGCACUUCUCCGCGCCCGUUUGAACGAAGAAAUCGAAGAUGACAAGAUCACGCUCGAAGAGAUCAACGCGCAAAUGGCGGCCAUUCGAGACCUCCUUCGCAAGUACCACGAGCAGGCAGGGGAGAUUAAGAUUGACUUCGCGCGAGAAGACGACAAUCGCUGGAAAGAGGCACGCACCUUCAAGUGGGUCAAGAAGGCCAAGAAACAGAUCGAAGGCAAUGGGCGCAAGCAUAUCAUUUGCAACGAAUGGAGAAGCAAUGCGUUUGACCUCGCUGGUAAGGGGAGUAUCAAGUUGCCCACGGCAAAUUCAUCCACCGCCUUGGAUAAUAGUCAAGCGGAGAAUACCAUGGU